AUGGAAAACGGCACUGCCCUCUUAUUUGCUGUGGGAGUACCUAUUGCAUUUUUUAUCUUCUCUAGUUUCGUAGCACUGACUUGGACAGCGGUUGCUAUCUACAAAGUGCGAAAGGUGAACUGUUUUAUUGGACAAAUCGAUUCAGUUCAUUUUUGGUAAUAGUUUAUGACGCUGGGAUGACCUCCGAGAAAUACUGUUCGGUCUGUCUUGCUUUGCCUAUACUGUUAAGGUAAAAGUCAAUUGAAAUAUAUAUCUCCACGACAAUAACUGGAUAUUUUGAUAUGUUAGGUUACAAGCCAACUGACAAAUCAGAGGGGUCAUUCAAGUCUUGCUCUUCUGUGUAUCAAACUAACCUGUGUCUUUGGUCUAACUUGGAUCCUCGGUUUUCUGAACUCCAUCGUCAAAGCAGAGGCAACCACAUAUCUUUUUGUUAUCGUUAACAGCUUGCAAGGUAGGUUGACACGCAGCAGUGAAUUAGACUUUCCUUCCGGCAAAUGAUCGCACAAGCCUUUUGGUCUGUCACACUCUCUUGAAUGAUGGCAUCCGUGAGAAAAUCAGCUUGCAUUCUUGAUAUACGAAUUACAAAACACAAGGAAAUUAUAAUACUUACAUGUACAUGCAAGCAUUGCCUUCUUUUUCGGGCUGUGAUAAGUCAAGUUGACAUUAUCAGUUUUCAGUUUUCAGUUUUUUUUUUGGCAGAGACGUUUCUCUUUUACAUGAAAUUGAGUCAAAAGUCAAAAGUCAAAAGUUUUUCGUCCCUAGAAAAUUCCUUUUGUUCCAAAAGAAGAGCAUUUUUCAAGAGACAUUUCUGUUUCGGUUAUAGAUACUGGCCGAGGAAACUGUGAACGGUUUAACGGAAAUAAUUGCCUUGUCAAAUUUUACGGACACCUUUUUUCCUAAUUUGUAAAGGAAGGCCUCCAAGUGUUAUUGCAGCUGCAGGAAACUGUCAGUGGAGAGAGAGGGAUUAAUGCGAGUCUGGGGUUGGGAUUACAUCUCAAUCUCAAACAGAUGAAUCGCAUUUUCGGACCUCGUUACUCUCUUUGACCAAAAGUGGUAGGUUUAAACGAUCGCAAAUCAAAUCAAUCUCACCAUAAUGAGUUACUUUGCUUCUACACAGGGUUUUUUAUAUUCCUGACUUUUGUUGCAAAGAAAAGGAUCAUAGCCCUGCUGAGAGGCCUAGAAAUAAUCAUCAUGAAAGUGGACAGGAAAACAACGACACUUUAG